UUGUACUCGACGACGCUACGCUCCAUCGACUCGAUCCUUCGGGCCCUCCCCCCACACUUCGAUCUCCCCUUCUCCCGACCUACUCGAAAUGGCGGCCACCUUGGCCCCCGCCGACCGCCUCGCCGCCCCCUCCCUCCGCAUUCACCACCCCUCCUCCCUCUCCCGCCGCCUCCUCGUCCCUUCUCGCCUCCCUGCUACCUCCCUGUUCCCACACCGCCGCCCGCGAGUCGUGGCUAUGGCCGUCGAGACCGGCGGCGCGAACUCCAAACCCAGGGUCCUUGUCGCCGAGAAGCUCGGCGAGGCCGGGCUGGCCCUUCUCAAGGGCUUGGCCGACGUUGACUGCUCCUAUAACCUCUCCCCCGAGGAGCUCCGCGCCAAGAUCGCGCUCUGCGAUGCCCUUAUCGUGCGGAGCGGCACCAAGGUCGGCCGAGAUGUUUUCGAGUCCUCCGGUGGCAAGCUCAGGGUGGUCGGGCGCGCUGGGGUCGGGAUCGACAAUGUGGAUCUCGCCGCCGCCACCGAGCAUGGCUGCCUCGUGGUCAAUGCGCCCACCGCGAAUACGGUUGCUGCAGCCGAGCAUGGGAUCGCCCUGCUCACCGCUAUGGCCCGCAACAUCGCGAGAUCUGAUGCUUCCAUGAAAGCUGGUAAAUGGGAACGCAACAAGUAUGUUGGUGUAUCACUUGUUGGUAAGAUACUUGCAAUUUUGGGGUUUGGGAAAGUUGGAUCAGAGGUUGCACGCCGUGCCAAAGGACUGGGGAUGCAUGCCAUUGCACAUGACCCAUACGCUGCUGCUGAUCGUGCUCAUGCUAUGGGGGUGGAGUUGGUAACCUUUGAUGAAGCUAUAGCAAGUGCAGAUUUUAUCUCAUUGCAUAUGCCGCUAACUCCUUCAACUUCCAAAAUUCUCAAUGAUGAAGCUUUUGCAAAGAUGAAAAAAGGAGUAAGAGUUAUAAAUGUUGCACGUGGUGGUGUGAUAGAUGAAGAAGCUUUAGUGAAGGCAUUGGAUUCUGGGGUGGUAGCACAGGCUGCUUUAGAUGUCUUCACGAAAGAACCUCCAUCUGCAGACAGUAAGUUGGUUCUGCAUGAGAAAGUUAUAGCUACACCACAUCUUGGUGCCAGCACUGUUGAAGCACAGGAAGAGGUGGCAAUUGAAAUAGCUGAAGCUGUUAUUGGAGCUCUCAAGGGGGAGCUUGCUGCUACUGCAGUAAAUGCACCGAUGGUUCCUCCUGAGGUCCUGACUGAGCUUGCACCAUUUGUGGUCCUAGCUGAGAAGCUUGGUAGGUUAGCUGUCCAACUUGUGGCAGGAGGCAGUGGCGUGAAAUCAGUGAAGGUGACCUAUGCAUCGGCAAGGACUUCUGUGGAUCUCGACACUAGAUUGCUGCGAGCUAUGAUUACCAAGGGUCUUAUUGAGCCAAUAUCAGAUGUUCACAUCAAUCUCGUCAAUGCUGAUUAUACUGCCAAAAAGAGAGGUAUUCGUAUCACGGAGGAGAGAAUCCCCUUGGAUGGGUCACCAGAGGAUCCUAUCGAAUCCAUACAGGUCCACAUUGCCAAUGCGGAGUCUAAAUUUCCCACAGCUGUCUCAGGACUGGGAGAAAUAACAGUGGAAGGCAGGGUAAAGGAUGGCAUACCCCAUCUGACUAAGAUUGGAUCAUUUCAAGUGGAUGCUAGCAUGGAAGGAAGUCUAAUCCUGUGCAGGCAGGUUGAUCAGCCAGGGAUGAUCGGCACUGUCGGCAGCAUUUUGGGUGAGCAGAAUGUGAAUGUGAGCUACAUGAGUGUUGGCAGGAUCGCUCCUCGAAAGCAUGCAGUCAUGGCUAUCGGUGUCGACGAGGAACCCACCAAAUCAGCUCUCAAGAAAAUUGGGGACAUACCUGCCGUAGAAGAGUUUGUUUUCCUCAAACUGUAGCAGAUAUCGAAGUCAUUAGGAGCUGCCAACUACAGUCUAUCUCAGCAUGCAUGAGUCUUCUACUAUUUACAUGUCAAUGCACCCUUUUUGAUGAACUAAAUGUUCUUUCUAUUGGAUAUUUUAUGUUGUUAUUAUAUGUUUUCCUUUUA